GACUCUUUGUUCAAAUUCGGCCACCAAAAGUUCCAAAACUGCAUCAGAUCCUUUGGAGUAGUUGGGACUUGGGAGCAUCCAUCCCCAAUUUCUCCUAGUCCGUCUCCAUACACAGUCACGCAGACACUUGAGAACAACGAACUUUUUCUACGUCUACGUCGUCAACAGCAGCUGAAAGUCUAUGGCUCCCGUCAUAGAGAACUUACCCCCUAAUAAUGGAGGAGAAGACGAAGAAGGAGAAGAGGAAAGCCAGACAUUUGAAGAGCUUGCUUUGGACCCACGCUUGGUCCGAGCACUGAUAAAGAAGGAUAUCACAAAGCCAACGCCAAUUCAGAGUGUCGCUAUUCCAUUGAUUCUGGAAGGGAAAGAUGUUGUUGCUCGUGCUAAAACUGGUUCUGGAAAGACAUAUGCCUACCUCCUUCCGUUGCUUCAGAAGCUGUUCUCGGAUUCUGCUUCAGCAAAGACUGCUCCAAGUGCCUUUAUUCUUGUCCCGACACGGGAACUUUGCCAACAAGUUUAUUCAGAGGUCUUAGCUCUUAUUGAAUCAUGUAGAGUUCAGUUGAAAGUUGUACAGUUGACAAGUGGCAUGUCUGUUACUGAAUUGCGAGCUGCAUUAACAGGUCCACCUGAUAUUCUUGUCUCAACACCGGCCUGUGUUUCCAUGUGUAUGUCAGCUAAUGUCAUUCAAACCAAGUCAAUUCAGGAUUCCCUCUCAAUACUUGUUCUGGAUGAGGCAGACCUUCUUUUAUCAUAUGGAUACGAGGAUGACCUAAAAACGUUUACAACUCAUGUUCCUCGGCGUUGUCAGUGCCUUCUUAUGUCUGCAACCUCAAGUGCUGAUGUUGAGAAGUUAAAGAAACUUGUUCUACACAAUCCAGUCAUUUUGACUCUACCAGAAGUUGGAGACAUUAAAGAUGAGAUUAUUCCAAAGAAUGUUCAGCAAUUUUGGAUUUCAUGCAGUGCUCGCGACAAGCUACUCAACAUCCUUGCUCUCUUGAAGUUGGAACUUGUUCAGAAAAAAGUUCUGAUAUUUUUAAAUAGUAUUGACAUGGCUUUCAGAUUGAAACUCUUCCUGGAACAGUUUGGAAUAAGAUCUGCAGUUUUGAAUGCUGAGUUGCCACAGAACUCACGCCUCCAUAUCCUUGAGGAAUUCAACGCUGGGCUUUUUGAUUAUUUAAUAGCAACUGAUGAUAGCCAAAUAAAAGAGAACAAACAAGUCAGCAAGGAGAAUGACAUUGUGUCAAAAAAAUCUAAGAAGCAUCUCAUACGAAAAUUGGAUGCAGAAUUUGGGGUGGUGAGAGGAAUUGACUUCAAAAAUGUAUACACGGUUAUAAACUUUGAAAUGCCUCAAAGUGCUGCAGGAUAUGUACAUCGAAUUGGCCGCACUGGGCGGGCAUAUAAUACUGGUGCUUCAGUCUCUUUGGUUUCUACAGAUGAGAUGAAAGUUUUUGAAGAAAUCAAAUCUACAUUGGAAGGGAAUGAGAAUCAGGACUUGACUAACUUCAUUGCUCCAUUUCCUUUACUUACUAAAAAUGCGGUGGAGUCUUUACGAUAUAGAGCUGAGGAUGUUGCAAAAAGCAUAACAAAAGUUGCAAUAAGAGAAUCACGUGCUCAAGAUCUGAGAAAUGAGAUUCUUAAUUCAGAAAAGUUGAAGGCUCAUUUUGAAGAUAAUCCAAGAGACUUGGAUCUACUAAAGCAUGACAAGGUACUGAGCAAGAAGCCUCCUCCCUCACAUCUAAGGGCUGUGCCUGAAUACCUCUUGGACCCAGUGACACAGGAAGCCAGCAAGAUUGUUAAGCUUGCGAGAGCUGCAAUGGGAAGUACCAAGUCUACUUGCCGGAAAGGGUCUAAGAGAAAACAUGGCAAAAGUAGAGAUCCUCUGAAAACCUUCUCUGCUGAGGCACCAAAGAGAGCUGGGAUAAAGAGGAAGGGAAAAGAUGGAAAUGACAGUCAUAGACGCAAGAAGAAAAACGGUAUCUGAAAGCAGUUCACCUCUGUAAAUCUUUAAAUCCUGGGGUUUGUACUAACCCUAUAGUUCUGUACCAAAAUAUCAACUAUAAAUUUGAGUGUUUCCUUUUUGAGCGGCUCUAUAAUCCAAGGAACGUUUUGGUCUCAAGAUCUUAUUGUUUUAGUAAUUCCUCAAAUUGUUUUCUUGA